AGUCCCCCGGCCUCGCUGCCCCGCUCGAGCCUCCUCGGCACAGAGGGCUCGCGGGUCCUGAGGGGAGGAGGAGAGCCCAGGGCUGGGCACUGAGCUCGUAGGCGCCCCCACUCCCGUUUUCGGAGCUCUCCACGCUGCGGCCGCUGUCCCCUCCGGACCAUGGCCGACGACGACGUGCUGUUCGAGGACGUGUACGAGCUGUGCGAGGUGAUCGGCAAGGGUCCCUUCAGUGUGGUACGACGAUGUAUCAACAGAGAAACUGGGCAACAAUUUGCUGUAAAAAUUGUUGACGUAGCUAAGUUCACAUCAAGUCCAGGGUUAAGUACAGAAGGUAAGAGAUGGAUUUCAAAUCUAAAGCGGGAAGCCAGUAUCUGUCAUAUGCUGAAACAUCCACACAUUGUAGAGUUAUUGGAGACAUAUAGCUCAGAUGGAAUGCUUUACAUGGUUUUUGAAUUUAUGGAUGGAGCGGAUCUGUGUUUUGAAAUUGUGAAGCGAGCUGAUGCUGGUUUUGUAUACAGUGAAGCUGUAGCCAGCCAUUACAUGAGACAGAUCCUGGAGGCUCUGCGCUACUGUCAUGAUAACAACAUCAUUCACCGUGAUGUGAAGCCCCACUGUGUUCUUCUCGCCUCAAAGGAAAACUCAGCACCUGUUAAACUCGGGGGCUUUGGGGUAGCUAUUCAACUAGGAGAGUCUGGACUUGUAGCUGGAGGACGUGUCGGAACACCUCAUUUUAUGGCCCCCGAAGUCGUCAAAAGAGAGCCUUAUGGAAAGCCUGUAGAUGUCUGGGGGUGCGGCGUGAUCCUCUUUAUCCUGCUCAGUGGUUGUUUGCCUUUCUACGGAACCAAGGAAAGAUUGUUUGAAGGCAUCAUCAAAGGAAAAUACAAGAUGAAUCCAAGGCAGUGGAGCCAUAUCUCUGAAAGUGCCAAAGAUCUAGUACGUCGCAUGCUGAUGCUGGACCCAGCUGAGAGGAUCACUGUUUAUGAAGCACUGAAUCACCCAUGGCUUAAGGAGCGGGAUCGUUAUGCCUACAAGAUUCAUCUGCCAGAAACAGUAGAGCAACUGAGGAAGUUCAAUGCCAGGAGGAAACUAAAGGGUGCAGUACUAGCCGCUGUGUCAAGUCACAAGUUCAAUUCAUUCUAUGGGGAUCCCCCCGAAGAGUUGCCAGAUUUCUCCGAAGACCCUACCUCCUCAGGAGCAGUUUCACAGGUGCUGGACAGCCUGGAAGAGAUUCACGCACUUACAGACUGCAGUGAAAAAGACCUAGAUUUUCUACACAGUGUUUUCCAGGAUCAGCAUCUUCAUACACUACUAGAUCUGUAUGACAAGAUUAACACAAAGUCGUCACCACAAAUCAGGAAUCCUCCGAGUGAUGCAGUACAGAGAGCCAAAGAGGUAUUGGAAGAAAUUUCAUGUUACCCUGAGAACAAUGAUGCAAAGGAGCUGAAGCGUAUUUUAACACAACCUCAUUUCAUGGCCUUACUUCAGACUCACGACGUAGUGGCCCAUGAAGUUUACAGUGAUGAAGCAUUGAGGGUCACCCCUCCUCCCACCUCUCCCUAUUUAAACGGCGACUCUCCAGAAAGCGCUAACGGAGACAUGGACAUGGAGAAUGUGACCAGAGUCCGGCUGGUACAGUUCCAAAAGAAUACGGAUGAACCCAUGGGAAUCACUUUAAAAAUGAAUGAGCUAAACCAUUGUAUUGUUGCAAGAAUUAUGCAUGGGGGCAUGAUUCACAGGCAAGGUACACUUCAUGUUGGUGACGAAAUUCGAGAAAUCAAUGGCAUCAGUGUGGCUAACCAAACAGUGGAACAGCUGCAAAAAAUGCUUAGGGAAAUGCGGGGGAGUAUUACCUUCAAGAUCGUGCCGAGUUACCGCACUCAGUCUUCCUCCUGUGAGAGAGAUUCCCCCUCCACUUCCAGACAGUCCCCAGCUAAUGGUCAUAGCAGCACUAACAAUUCUGUUUCGGACUUGCCAUCAACUACCCAACCAAAAGGACGACAGAUCUAUGUAAGAGCACAAUUUGAAUAUGAUCCAGCCAAGGAUGACCUCAUCCCCUGCAAAGAAGCUGGCAUUCGAUUCAGAGUUGGUGACAUCAUCCAGAUUAUUAGUAAGGAUGAUCACAAUUGGUGGCAGGGUAAACUGGAAAACUCCAAAAACGGAACUGCAGGUCUCAUUCCUUCUCCUGAACUUCAGGAAUGGCGAGUAGCUUGCAUUGCCAUGGAGAAGACCAAACAGGAACAGCAGGCCAGCUGUACUUGGUUUGGCAAGAAAAAGAAGCAGUACAAAGAUAAAUAUUUGGCAAAGCACAAUGCAGUGUUUGAUCAAUUAGAUCUUGUCACAUAUGAAGAAGUAGUAAAACUGCCAGCAUUUAAAAGGAAAACACUAGUCUUACUAGGUGCACAUGGUGUUGGGAGAAGACACAUAAAAAACACCCUCAUCACAAAGCACCCAGACCGGUUUGCGUACCCUAUUCCACAUACAACCAGACCUCCAAAGAAAGAUGAAGAAAAUGGAAAGAAUUAUUACUUUGUAUCUCAUGACCAAAUGAUGCAAGACAUCUCUAAUAAUGAGUACUUGGAGUAUGGCAGCCACGAGGAUGCAAUGUAUGGGACAAAACUGGAGACCAUCCGGAAGAUCCAUGAGCAGGGACUGAUUGCAAUACUGGACGUGGAGCCUCAGGCACUGAAGGUCCUGAGAACUGCAGAGUUUGCUCCCUUUGUUGUUUUUAUUGCCGCACCUACUAUUACUCCAGGUUUAAAUGAGGACGAAUCUCUUCAGCGUCUGCAAAAGGAGUCUGACAUCUUGCAGAGAACGUAUGCCCACUACUUCGAUCUCACAAUUAUCAACAAUGAGAUUGAUGAGACAAUCAGACAUCUGGAGGAAGCCGUCGAGCUCGUGUGCACAGCCCCGCAGUGGGUCCCUGUCUCCUGGGUCUAUUAGGCCUCCCCCCAGAUAUCUGAGCAUAGCUGGGAGCCACCUCAUUCAUGGAAAAGCCUCUUUGUUAUCGGCCUUGUGUCAGCAGGUCGUGGUCCCUAGAGACUACCUAGUUGUAGUGUGACCUACAUUUAUAAUUAUUGUCAUGUCCGAAUAGAUAGGAGGAGAAAAAACAAUUACACACUAAUUUAAAGAGACAGUAUCUUUUUUAAUCAGUUCUCCUAAAACUUUAAUAAAAUGUAUCUUUAAAUGUAUGUAUUAUUCAAUCCUUUGGAAUGUUAUAUUUUUGGAAAUCAUAGCUUUUUAUUUCCAAGGCCCCUAAAAACUGCACAAAAAUAGAUGCUGCUUUCUAUAAUCUAUUUUAAUAAUAAUAAACAAUGAUUCUGUUACCUUGACUGGGGGUGGAACACUACAUUCUUUUUAGAGUCUGAUUUUAUGGAUUGGAAUAUCUUUCUUUCCUUUAUUUAUUUGAAAUAAUUAGUCUAGUGAUUACAAAACCGUCAUAAAUUUUUAAAGGCCUUUUUUUCCUCUCUCUCUCUUUUUUUUUUUUAGAAUAGUACUUUUUUUUAAAGUCCUUUAUGUAACAUCCAGAUAAUGUGAUACUGUCUCUUUGAAGCACCCUGUAAACCUUUUAGAGAUUUGAAGUUGGGUCUCGACUCUUAAUGCAUGUGGACAGUCGCGAGCGUUUAUGCUGUCGGUGUGUCUGUGCUGGACAAAGCAAUCUGUAAUCUACAGCAAAGUACAUUCCGUUCACGGGGCACACCCAGGGGAAUAAGAAUAAAAUGCUAUUAUGACUAAGUUGUAAACCUAUGCACAUCCCUUGCAUUUCGGGCAACUUUAUAAAAAAAAAAGAAACUGAUUUUUAUUAAUAAUAAUCAUGUAGUGAAAUGUGUUUGUAAUUUUGUCUCAAUUUAAUUUGUUGUAAGGUGGGAGGGGGAAUUGCUGGUUUCACCAUUUCAGAUCUGUGUUGUCUAAGAGUAUUAACGUUUUAAUUAAGCAAAGAAAUGAGGAUUUUUAAUCUGUAUGUAAUUGUUUUAAAGCACCCAUUUUAAGAGAAAAUACUGUGCAAUGAAGAAACCAGUUUAGGCAUUUGCUAUAAACUGAAUUACUCCAAAAGGAUAAUCUAUAACAGCCCUGUAAAUUCCUUUAAAAUGAUAACUAACAGGACAGUUUGACCAAUUUUUUUUAAAUAUACUUCCUUUUAUGUGUUCAAUAAUCAAAUGCCUUUGGGUCCUUCAUUUCGUUAGAGAUUUGUUCCGGUUUCCAAACCGAUCAUCUUUUCAAUUUUAUAAUUCGCUAGAUGCUCACGGAACCAUUGAAGGCCCAGGAACAAGUAUCAGUUGGCAGGGCAACCAGGCAGCUGUCAGGGCACAGCUCGGACCACGUCUGACUCGCUCGCGGAGAGCCGUGCACCCACGGGCCACCUGUGGUCUCUCCUUCCUCUUGCUAUAUCCCUUGGCACAGGGGACCCAUCUGUCCGUGUUGCUCUAGAGACAUUCGCCAUCUCAUCACCCUUCCAUGAGGUCGCGGGCUUCCAGCACAGGCGCUCCGGGCUAGGGGUUCGCAGACUCUUUGCCAGAGGUCAGUAGCUUGUCUUUCAUUAGCGUGCAAGGGCACGAAUCUUGCAAAUGUACCAUCGUUUUUGCUUCUUGUAGGUUAGAUGGCCCCGUCACUUUGUGCCUUGGCAGGGUGUGUUCUGAGCUCAGUGGCUCCUCUUAAAGGACCCAGCAGAGAAGGCAUUUGUCUACUCCUCUUAAGCUGUCAACACCCGAGCCCCACCCGACUUUUAUUAAACAGCGCUGACAUUUUUUUUUUUUCUGAUGCUCUUCGUCAGUGACCAGAUGAGUUUUCAGCUAAGUAGAUAGUGACUGAACUACUUCUGUUUGGGCCUCACCGUGGGGGACCAAACAUCCAAACCAGAAACAAGCCCAAAAGUGGUCUCACCCCAGAUAGAGAGAGAGAGAGAGAGCCCUUCAAAGAGUUGUUGAGGGCUACAUUUGGACUGAUUUCAAUCAGACUGAUGCCAAGGCCAGACAGUCAUUCCAAUAAGACCACAAUCCGGGCACUUAAUGUGAAGUGCCCGCUCUACCUCUUAUCAGUGAAGCACAAAGAAGAAGAAAACUGCGUAUGGAAGACAGAAACUUCUUUCCCUCUGGUAGAAGCCCCAUACGACCCCCAACUGGCACCUUUGAGACCAAAUCUCCAAGGAUGCUGACGAUGGCCUUCGGAAGCCAUGCGCCCUGCUAAGUAGGGUGGGUUGAGCAGAGACAAGAAAGCCGUGCUGAGAGCCGUGGCCCCCGGAGUCAGAAGCCCUGUCACGCCUGUCUUCUCUUCUCCAUCGCUGGAGAGGCACACGGGUGGGGUGCCAUUGUGUGCAUGGCAAAAUCCCGACUUCUCAGAGAGGUCCCCUGCUCCAUUCCACUGCCACCACAUCUUCCCUAAAGCAAUGUCUUUGUGACCCAGCCAAAAAUACUUACAUUUUUGAAUUCAGAAUAAUUUCAGUACAUCGCUACUGCUGCUGCUGCUGCCAUCCACUAAGCAAUCAGAGAAAAUUGCUAAAAGCUUCUUUACUGCCCCCAUUCCAUCAGCAGAACCAUUUUUUUUUCCUUUUAAAAACCAGAGCGAAUGAUUGGAUUCCUAAAUCUUAUCAGUGGUCGAUUGAAGCGUCCAACCCCACUCCCCACAGCCGGGAAGGGAGUGUUUGUGUUGAAUUCUUUGCUAAAAUGAUGAAAUGUCCUGAUUUUCUAAUCAUAAGACAGCAGUUACUUUGCACAUGCAGCACAUUCAGUUUUCACACUAAAAAGGUCGCCCAGUGUAAGUCAAGUGAAAGUUUCCCAGUGUCAAGAUAACACUGGAGCCUUUUAAAAUGCGAUUCAAUUUGUCUCCUGUCAGGUGAGACAGUUUAAAACAUUUGCUCAGAGAGGAAAAGAAAUGGUUGACCUACUUCUUGCUAUUUGCAUGCAGAAAGCGUGCUCUCCAGCCAUCCUAUUGGUGGCGUAAUAUAGGAAGAUGGGCCGAGUUCCCCGGCGCACAAAGCCACGUGCAGAGCGCUCCUCUUUCCAGAGUCCCGUUUUCUCUGUGGCUACUGGGGCCGACCAGGCGGAACCGAGUUCCCCCUGGGAUCCGGGCAGGCCUGGACUCGAUGCUACUUGUUUGUGGGUUUUUUUGUUGUUUUUG